AUGUGGAACGCCCCCAAGGUUGGAAUCCUCGGCGGCGGCCAGCUGGGCCGCAUGCUCGUCGAGUCCGCCAACCGAUUGAACAUCCAGGCCAACGUGCUGGACGCAGACAACUCCCCCGCCAAGCAGAUCAGCUUCCACGACGGCCAUGUGACGGGCUCGUUCAAGGAACGUGAGGCAGUACGCCAGCUCGCGAAAACUUGCGAUGUUAUUACGGCCGAGAUCGAGCACGUGGACACCUAUGCGCUCGAGGAGGUGGCGUCGCAGGUCCGCGUGGAGCCCAGCUGGCAAGCCAUUCGGACGAUCCAGAACAAAUUCGAUCAGAAGGAACACCUGCGGAAAUAUGGGAUCCCUAUGGCGGACCAUCGUGAACUAAUCAAGAAUACACCGGAGGAAUUGGCUGAGAUCGGGGAGCAAUUGGGCUUCCCCAUGAUGCUCAAGUCUAAGACAAUGGCAUAUGAUGGUCGUGGAAACUACCGUGUCAACUCAAAGGCGGAUAUCCCCGCAGCCCUGGAGGCUCUGAAGGACCGGCCACUGUAUGCGGAGAAGUGGGCGUACUUCAAGAUGGAACUCGCCGUAAUGGUCAUCAAGACCAAGGACGAUGUCCUCUCAUAUCCCACCGUGGAGACUGUCCAAGAAGACUCAGUGUGCAAGUUGGUGUACGCACCAGCACGAAACGUGUCCGACAUCAUCAACGAGAAAGCCCAGGCGCUUGCCCGGAAAGCGGUGUCGGCAUUCGAGGGCAAGGGUGCAUUUGGCGUGGAGAUGUUCCUCCUGGAAGACAGCAGCCUCAUGCUGUGUGAGAUCGCGAGCCGAAUCCACAACUCGGGUCACUACACCAUUGAAGGCUGUGCGCUAUCACAGUUCGACAGCCACCUGCGCGCGAUCCUGGACCUCCCGAUCCCAGCCAAGAGCUUGGAGAUCCGCCAGCCGUCAAUCAUGCUCAACCUUAUCGGCGGCGCGACAACAGACUCGCACCUCCAAGCCGCAGAGCACGCGCUCUCCAUCCCUAAUGCUAGUAUCCACCUGUACAGCAAGGGCGCCGCGAAGCCUGGCCGCAAGAUGGGCCAUGUCACCGUCACGGCACCGACGAUGCACGAGGCUGAGACCAUGAUCCAGCCGCUGGUGGAGGUUGUCGAUAACAUUCGCGCCCAACGUAGCGAUGUCAAGACCCCCGCCGCGAAAUCUGGGCCAUCGCCGCCCCCGCCCCAGGUGGCUGUUAUCAUGGGCUCUGACAGCGACCUCAAAACCUUGGUGCCGGGUCUCAAGCUGCUGCGCGACUACUUUGGCGUCGAGCCCGCCGUCGAAAUAACCUCUGCCCACCGCACCCCGAACUACAUGGCUGAGUUCUCUGCGCAGGCCGCCUCGCGCGGUAUCAAGGUCAUCAUUGCCGCUGCCGGUGGCGCCGCCCAUCUCCCCGGCAUGGCUGCCGCGCACACCGCGCUCCCUGUCAUCGGCGUGCCAGUCAAGGGCAGCUCGCUCGAUGGCGUUGACAGCCUGUAUAGCAUCGUGCAGAUGCCGCGAGGCGUCCCCGUCGCAACAGUCGGCAUCAACAACAGCAUCAACGCGGCCCUCCUGGCUGCUAGGGUACUGGGCUCCUUCGACCCAGCCAUCCAGCGCAAGGUUGAGGCCUAUGCUGAGGAAGCACGUGCCGAGAACAUGGAGAAAAAGGGGGACCAAGCUGCGCGAGCUGGGAUGGGAGAAGUACUUUGA